CAGAGCUGUUUCCGGUUCCGGGCUUCCCCCUCCCCCACGUGGAGCCGUGCACUGACUGAGCCCGGAGCUGCCGGGUGCGGCGAUGCGGCCCCUCACGGAGGAGGAGACCCGGGCCCUGUUCGAGAAGCUCGCGAAAUACAUCGGCGAGAACAUCCAGCUGCUGGUGGACCGGCCCGACGGCUCCUACUGUUUCCGCCUGCACAAGGACCGGGUUUACUAUGUCAGUGAGAGAAUCUUGAAGGUGGCGACCAGUAUCCCUGGGGACAAGCUGGUGGCACUGGGCACCUGCUUUGGGAAGUUCACCAAGACCCAGAAGUUCCGGCUCCAUGUCACUGCCCUGGAUUACCUUGCUCCCUAUGCCAAGUAUAAAGUGUGGGUGAAACCUGGAGCAGAGCAGUCCUUCCUUUAUGGGAACCACGUGCUGAAAUCUGGCCUAGGCCGCAUCACCGAGAACACAGCUCAGUACCAGGGUGUGGUGGUGUAUUCCAUGGCCGAUGUUCCUCUGGGUUUUGGAGUCGCGGCCAAGUCUACCCAGGACUGCCGGAAAGUGGACCCCAUGGCAAUCGUAGUAUUUCAUCAGGCGGAUGUUGGGGAGUACGUGCGGCACGAGGAGACACUGACUUAAAGGGCAGUCAGCAGCACAAGGCUUUGAGGAUUCAGCUGCCCAUGGCAAGAAUGGAGUGUGUUUGAAAUCAGAACUCAAAGCAGCAGCAGGGAGCUCUCCUGGCAUGGGGCUCUGCAGGCUGCUGGGGAGGAUUACAGACCAAUUUACCCGUGACUUAGUCAUAACUGUUGUGAGCUCUAGGGCCUGCCUGUCCCAGCCUGAAGAGGAGACAGGGAUUACAUAAAACUUGUUUUCUAUCUAAUAAAACCCAUGUUGGCGUG